UGCGGCGACGGCGCUGCAGGGCGGGCGCUGACAGCUAUAGCGGAGCCCGCUGGCCGACAGGCGCGCGGAGGAUCGCGCGGGCGCCGCACCUGCGGGCCCGGGCGUCGGGCUGCCACAGCGCCGGGACCAUCCUGACUCCAAGCUACAGCGGAGAUGAGUGCAGUGUCGCAGCCCCAGGCUGCCCACGCCCCCUGGAGAAGCCGCCAGCACGGCAAUCCUGUGCAACACCUGUGGCAACGUGUGCAAAGGGGAGGUUCUGCGUGUGCAGAACAAGUACUUCCACAUCAAGUGCUUCGUCUGCAAAGCUUGUGGCUGUGAUCUGGCCGAGGGCGGCUUCUUCGUGCGGCAGGGCGAGCACAUCUGCACGCAGGACUACCAGCGACUCUACGGCACCCGCUGCUUCAGCUGCGACGGCUUCAUUGAGGGCGAGGUGGUGUCGGCUCUCGGCAAGACUUACCACCCCAACUGCUUCGUGUGCGCUGUCUGCCGGCUGCCCUUUCCACCCGGGGACCGUGUAACCUUCAACGGGAAGGAAUGCAUGUGUCAGAAGUGCUCCCCACCCACGUCAGGGGGCGGCGGUGUGCACCUGUCCCAGGGCCUCCGGAGCUGUGGGGGCUGUGCCUUAGAAAUAAAAAACGGCCAGGCCCUGGUGGCCUUGGACAAGCACUGGCACCUGGGCUGUUUUAAGUGCAAGACGUGCGGAAAACUCCUGAACGCAGAGUACAUCAGCAAGGAUGGACUGCCCUACUGCGAGGCUGACUACCACACCAAGUUCGGUAUCCGCUGUGAUGGCUGUGAGAAGUACAUCACCGGGCGCGUGCUGGAGGCCGGGGAGAAGCACUACCACCCCUCGUGUGCACUAUGUGUCAGGUGUGGCCAGAUGUUCACAGAAGGCGAGGAGAUGUAUCUUCAAGGCUCUUCCAUCUGGCACCCAGCAUGUCGACAGGCAGCCAGGACUGAAGACAAAAGCAAGGAAACCAGGACUUCCUCAGAGAGCAUCAUCUCUGCACCUGCCUCCAGCACCUCAGGGUCCCCGAGCCGCGUGAUCUAUGCAAAGCUUGGUGAUGAGAUCCUGGACUACAGGGACUUGGCUGCUCUUCCCAAAAAUAAGGCCAUCUACGACAUCGACCGCCCUGACCUAAUCUCCUAUUCACCCUACAUCAGCCACUCUGCGGGGGACAGGCACAGCCAUGGCGAGUUGCCUCAGUUGCUCUCGCCAACGCCGACUGAGGGGGACCAAGAUGACCGGUCCUACAAGCAGUGCCGGACCUCCAGCCCCAGCUCUGCCGGCUCCGUCAGCCUUGGGCGCUACACCCCGACCUCACGGUCACCCCAGCACUACAGCCGUCCAGCUGGUACUGCAAGUGUUGGUACCAGUAGCUGCCUGUCCCUGUCCCAACACCCAAGCCCUACAUCCGUGUUCAGACAUCAUUACAUCCCCUACUUCCGAGGUAGCGAAAGUGGGCGCAGCACCCCCAGUCUCUCAGUGCUGUCGGACAGCAGGCCUCCUUCCUCCACCUACCAGCAGGCGCCGCGCCACUUCCAUGUCCCAGACACUGGCGUAAAAGAUAACAUCUAUAGGAAGCCCCCUAUCUACAAACAGCAUGCCUCAAGGCGACUGGAUGGGGAGGAUGGAAGUUUCGACCAGGACAGCAGGAAGAAGACCACCUGGCUGCUUCUCAAGGGAGACACAGACACAAGGACGAACUCUCCAGACCUGGACAGCCAGUCUCUGUCCCUCAGUAGUGGGACCGAGCGAGAUCCUCUCCAAACAAUGCAAGGAGACAACUUCUGCUCACGCUUCCCCUAUUCCAAACCUGACUCUCUCCCAGGACCUGGAAAGGAUGGCCUGGACCUCCGGAAUGCCAACCUGGUCCCUUGUGGAGUAGACCUGGAUGCCUGCUGGGGCACGCGAGAGUACAAGAUCUAUCCUUAUGAUUCCCUCAUCGUAACAAACCGAAUCCGUGUAAAACUGCCCAAAGAUGUGGACCGGACACGACUGGAGAGACACCUGUCACCUGAGGAGUUCCAGGAAGUGUUUGGUAUGAGCAUCGAAGAGUUUGACCGCCUGGCUUUGUGGAAGAGGAACGACCUCAAGAAGAAAGCCCUGCUGUUCUGAUGGCAGCAAGCCUGGCACAAGGCAGAGCCAAGGGACUCUGAGCACUGCCAAGCCCUUCCUGCACCUCGCCCUGGCUUGUCCGUGUCAGUGGGGCAGGUGGGGCGCUUGGGGGAGGCAGAUAAGCUGGCGGGAGGAGGCCCCCAGCAGGUGCGGCCCAUUUGUGCCAGUGACGCUCCCAUCUGUAGUUUAGGGCCACAGCGACAGCUAGACCCACUCCUUCCCGCUCCGGCUUGACAUGGGACAAUGCAGCAGCCAGCUGUCACAGAAGACGCUUCUGAACAUCCAGAUGGCCACAACAUCUUCUGCAUUCCUGGAGUGCCCUGGCCCCUGUGCUGUACACUUGGGUUUGGCGGUGGCCAGGACAUGGGUAGAGAGGUGGCAUAUGCUGAGUACAUAAACCAGCAUGCAGCUCCUCAGAGCUGGCAGGGCACAGCCUGGCGGGCAGGCUCACAGGCUGGGGCAGGAGAGCCAGCCUAGGUCUGGGUGCAGUGUCAAGUGUGGGGGCCAUAAGUUUUUGCAGCUGUCCGUGACAGGUCUCUUUUUCAGGCCUUAUGUCAACCUGACAGGAUGCCCCUGCCAGUGCUCUGUGCACUGCUCCCUCCUUCCAAAUCACCCCCUAGAUGCCUAAAAAAUAUCUUUCAAGUAACACAGAAGUUUUUAUUUUAUUAAAAAGUAUAGCUUCCUUACACAUAAGACGACAUAUAUGCAGAGUUUAGUUUUACGGCCCCUCUGAAGGGGAGCGCCUCCGCCUUACACCCCACUGUGCAGGUCUCUGUGCUUCCGGCCCCCCUCCUUCCCCUUUGUCGUUUUCCCUUAAUAUGUGUCACACAGACCACUUUGAAGACAGUCCCCUCUGAGUAACGCUGUUUGUAAAUACGCGUGAAUCGUAGCCACCAGUUCCCUGGCUGUUAUGUUUCCAAGUCUCGGAGAGAAAGCCCACCCCAAUGGCCAAAGCCCUGGAAUAAAGGUGUCCCCACAGUGGCCUGGUUCCCUGUGGCUUCCCAAGUGCCAUGUGGCCUGUGUUGCUCACCUUAUCCACUGAGAUGUAAGCCCCACACGCCAGGGACGGGGCACUAAUGCAUGUCCCCGACACAGACACCAAACAUUUGAGAAGAACAGAGACACUGCCUCUUGCAAUCAAGCAAUCAGGAGUGGGAGGCUGGCUGACCGGGCUCCCAGUGACGGGCAUGCAUGUCUGUAGUGAUGGGUGGGUAAGGUGUGCAGCCAUUGCAGGGUGCUGACCGAGUGCCCUGGGGAUGAACACUGAAGCUACUUUCCCCGCCCUCCGUGUACCUUGGAUGUCGCCACCACAAGUCAUCUUUACUCAGCUUCCUCACGCCCCAGAACACACCAAGACCUGUUUGGCACUCGGCUUCUCACGAGUCUGACUGGGCCGUUGGGGGCUGGGGGGGACUUUUGGCACCUAACAUGCUUCCUGCCACUUAGCAAUCCAAGCUGAGCAACUGGAAACCCCCAUUUCCUCAUUCGAGCGCUGUCAUGUCUGAUCCCUGGGAAAAUAAAAGGCAACGCAGUGUAACUUGUGAAAGGACAAAGCCACUUUUCUGAGUGUGUGUGGUUUCUGAAGGCCCUGGGCAGUUCUGCAAACAGUGCUUGGGGCAGCCACAGGUGGGUACAUGGGGCAGGACAGGACCCGGAGAGGGACAACCCACCACCCAGAGGCUGUGACGAGGGUUGGAACCUCGACUUGCUCAUAGCAAUCCUCAGCCCUUUGGGUGGGCACCGGUGACGAGUGAGACCUGGCAUCUGCCUGCCCCAUGUCAGAGUAAGGAGACAGACCAACAAACAGACCUUGGCCAAGAUGGACCUCUGCUCCAUAGAGAAGGCCCAAGGGGUCCCCAAUAUGUCCCCAAAGUUGGGGGAUGCUUUCUA